GGUUCUCGGGAGGCGGGGCAGGAGGCGGGCACAAGCACCAGGUCGUAGGUCUGUGGCCUCGGAUCUGUUGGAGGCGGCGAUCGUGCAGCGGUCCCGCCGGCGCCAUGUCUUUCUGCAGCUUCUUCGGGGGCGAGGUUUUCCAGAACCACUUUGAGCCGGGCAUCUACGUGUGUGCCCAAUGUGGCUAUGAGCUGUUUUCCAGCCGCUCAAAGUACGCACACUCAUCCCCAUGGCCGGCCUUCACCGAGACCAUCCAUGCUGACAGUGUGGCCAAGCGUCCAGAGCACAAUCAGCCUGGAGCCUUAAAGGUGUCCUGUGGCAGGUGUGGCAAUGGGCUGGGCCAUGAGUUCCUGAACGAUGGCCCCAAGCGUGGACAGUCCCGCUUCUGAAUAUUCAGCAGCUCACUGAAGUUCAUCCCUAAAGGCAAAGAAACUUCUGCCUCCCAGGGACAGUAGGUGGGCAGCCCACACCCAACCCAGAUGGACACUGCUUUGUGGCCACACUCUGGACAUCCCACCUUAGAAGUGGAACCUCAGACAUUUGGACAGGGGAGCGGAGG